AUGGCAUCACCGGCGACGACGGCGAUGCACCUGCUGGCUGUUGUGCUGCUAGCGGCAUCGCCGGCGGCGACGAGGGCGGGCGGCGGUAGCGUCUGCGGCGGGGAGAAGUUCCCGGCGGGGGUGAGCUACGCGACGUGCGCCGACCUGCCAGCGCUCGGCGCGACGCUGCACUGGACCUACGACGGCACGGCAGCGACGCUGUCCGUGGCGUUCGUGGCCAGGCCGCCGGCGGCCGGAGGGUGGGUGUCGUGGGCGGUGAACCCCACCGGCGACGGCAUGAAGGGCUCGCAGGCGCUCGUCGCCUUCAGGGGCGGCGCCUCCGGCUCCGGCGCCUACGUGGUGAACACGUACAACGUCACCGGGUACCAGCCGUUCCCCGGCGCGUCCACGCCCAUCGCGUUCAACGCCACCGGCCUUGCCGCCGACGAGAGCGCCGCCGGGAAGGUGCGGCUCUACGGCAAGCUGCAGCUGCCGCGGGGGAUGGAGACGGUGAACCACAUCUGGCAGGUCGGGUCCACGGUGACCGGCGGCGUGCCGAUGAAGCACGCGUUCGCGCAGGAGAACCUGGACGCCAAGGGCACGCUCUCGCUCACCGGCCACGGCGCGAUGGAGCCGGCGCCGGCGCCGGUGGCCGGAGGGCCGUCCGCCGAGGCCGAGAACGUGGUGGCGGCGCCCUCCCCCUCGCCUUCCGGCAAGAAUGCGGCAGCGACGUACACGCCGGCUCCGGCGCUGAUGAUCCUUGCCCUGGCGGGUUUCUUGGCGCUUGUAUGAUCUCGUGAACGUGGCGUUGACGAAGCUAGCCGACGUAGGAAUUGAACUAGUUCUUGGUGAUUAAUUGUUUCUUCUUCUUCUUCUUCUUUUUGUUGUGAUUUUGGCUAGCAAUAAGAGAGAUUGAUCUGUCGUUUGAUCAAAUUUCCGUAGCAUUAUGACCACUGUAUUAACUGAUUAAGACUUGAUCUCCCGUCUGAAAGUGUGCUUCUGCGCUUUAC